GGGGGAGCAGAGGAGCUUCAUGGUGGUUUAUGUGGAUGACAUCCUCAUUUUCUCACCCUCCUCUGACCUUGUGAAGGAGGUGAUGCUGAAGCUUCAAGACAAGUUCAAGUGCAAGACCCUUGGUGACGUCAACUACUACCUUGGGCUUCACAUUGAGCGAGAUGUGGAGAAGCGGUGGAUGCGAGUGCAUCAAAAGAAGUACUUGGAGGCUUUGGCUGCAAACUUUGGGAAGAGUGAAGGUCAUGUGGCUACUCCUCUACCCUCGGGGUUCAAGUGUGUGAAAGGACCAGCGGAGGAAAGUGUUGGUGAAGAGGAGAGGCGGCGUUUUCACUCCUUGGUGGGCAGCCUCAUGCUCUUUCUCACCGCCUUCUCUGAUGCAUCUUGGGCAUCAGAACCAGAGGACAUGACAAGUGUGGGAGGCUUCAUCUGCUGUGUUGGUGGAGGCCCAACAGCUUGGGAGAGCAAGAAACAAGUGGACCAAGCAUUGAGCUCGGUGGAGUCCGAGUACAUGGCACUCUUCCGUGCCAUAAGAGAGGUUGUGUGGCAGCGGCGUUUGCUAGCUGAAUUGGGGGAGGAGCAGCAAGGACCUACCCCACUCUACUGUGAUAGCCAGGGUGCUAUUGCAUUGGCUAAGAACCCCGUUCUUCAUGGCCUUACCAAGCACAUGAAGGUGAAGUGGCAUUGGGUGAGGAGCAUGGUAACCGCGGGUGAAGUGGAGUUGCACUACGUGAAGACGACGGCGCAGCCUGCUGAUAUGAUGACCAAGAGGCUGGUUGAGCAGCAGCAUUGGAAGUGUUGCAAGCUUGAUGGGAUGGCUCUGAACUAAGGGGAGCAGAUUCUAAGGCCAACAAUCCAAGGGGGAGUUUGUUGGUGCAACCUUAUGGCUUGCACUCGGCUUGUCGUCCUUGUUUGUGUGUGUGCAUGCAUGGCAUGGAAUGAAUUGUGAGUCUAUGUCAUUGCUAUCCAGUGCUUUUGUGUGUGUUUGAAUGGUGUAUCACAAUGUGGUUUGUGUCGGUCAAGACAUUAGCGAGUUUUUACAACUCGCAUGUCAAGUCGUCGUUUGUGUGUCGCAUGUGUUUUUUCUAUUUUGUCGAGUGUGAAGUGUCCAUCGUGUCGCAGGUGUGUGCAGCAAGCCCCCAUCAACUCAAGAAGAAUUUAUCUUGCAGAUCCAAGAACAAGAGCUCAAGAUUUCAAGCCCAAGGGACGCGGAUAAAUAUUAAAUAGUGAAAAUAGUAACGUUACUUCGUGUAGUGUUACAUUUCACUUGGUGUAGCCCCUUGGAGGGUUGGUUUCGAGACUCUUCAUGGUUGGGGACUCUGUGGUGGUGUACCACCAACCUGGACCUCGGCUCUUGGGGUAUGAAGAGGCUGGGAACCACAUCCCUCUCGAACUCUUCUUGCUAAGUUUUGUACUUCCAAGACUAUAGUGGCUCCUAUACCUCCUGCCAGUCAAAC